AUCAAAUUCAAGGUGUUUAUGAUUCUCAGAUGUUUGAUUGACGAAUUAAUAUCUUGAUAAUAGAAUAUACAUUGGUUUUAUGAUCACGAAGUCUUCAGUAUGUUGAUAAAUAUUAACUCAUUCCAUUCCGCACACCUCAAGCAAUAUAAUUUUUUCUUCAUUUUUCAUAAUGUAGGGAAGGUCAAAAUAUGUGCUUUAAUCUUAUAUAUGCUUAUGUAGGCCAUCAAUUGUUGGGUUACACCUAUUGUAUCCAACCUUUACUCUAGUAUUCUUCCCCUGGAUAUCGUGAUUAAUCUCCUGUAUUUGAAGCAGUUAUGAAUCUUCCCUUGUCUCCCUCUGUUUCCCAAACUCUGAAUGGUUUUAGUAGGUAGCGUUAGCUCUAUUUGCCUUGGAUAUGUUGGUUUUCAUAUGCAUGCAGAAAGCAAAAAACUUUUCAUGUGGCUAUUGGCGAAGUGGUGUUUGAUUUUCAAUUUGUAAUUAUCCAGUAAAGUGACUAGCCAACCUAACCAUUUUUUUGUUACGGGAAAAAAUUACCGUGAAUAAUACAACUUUUUGAAUUUUUUUUACAAUAUAACCAUCAUUGAGAGGUGUUUCCCUCUAACAUUCAAAUAGUUCACCCAAUCUGCUAUUGUAGGUAAUUUGACUUGAAUAAAAAUUAAAAUUUAAAUAAAAUAAGGAAAAAAUAAAUAAAUUAAAAUAAAACCUCUCCCUCUUCACCUCCCCCACAUUAGGCCACUAUCUCCCUUCCCCCACGCUGCUCGACUCCUCCCACCCUUCUCCCCACUCCUUUAUGAAUGCAUUCCAACCCCCAUAUGCUCAGUUGAAUCACCAUCUAAUACAUCGUACAAAAAUUAGGGUUUCAUGUGUUAGGGGAAGGACAAUUGGUGGUUCUAUUGUAUAUCGACCACCUCGUCCAAUUGGCAGCCAUGAAGAAGGGGGGUUUCACGAUUGGCAGCCAUGGAGAAAGGUUAUGUGAUUUGUAGACAAUGGUGGUUUGGUUGUUGUGUUGGUGGUUGGCGUCUGUUGAAUCUUGUUCUAAUCCUACCACCCAAAAUUUCAUUCAAUUAGUAUCGUAAGAUUCCACUAACAUAGAGAUCCUACUUUUGAUCCAAAUUGCUCCCUUGUUUAUAAGUUGUAGAAUCUUAGGUUGGAAUUGUGAGUUUUAUAGCAAUGGCGUCUAUUUUUUGGUCCUAUGAUGAUCUUACAUUCUUGCUUCAACAAUGUCUAGUUAUGGGCUUUUUCUACUCAAAUUAGCAACACCUUUUCAGAAACAAGCUCUUCGUUGUUGUUGACAAGGAUAUGGUGCAUACUUUCGAGUUUUGACCCUUCAAAUUCGCAUAAGUGAGAACUACUUAAUAUUAUUGGGGAUUUCUGGACAUUCUUGAUUGUGAAGCUCCAUGGCGACUGUUCCAGUUAACCCUAAACCUUUCCUAAAUAACUUGACGGGAAAGCCUGUCAUUGUAAAGUUGAAGUGGGGAAUGGAAUACAAAGGUUAUCUUGUGUCAGUUGAUGGCUACAUGAACUUACAGCUGGCCAACACAGAAGAGUACAUUGAAGGCCAAAAGACAGGUGAUCUUGGGGAGAUCCUUAUCAGGUGCAACAACGUAAUGUAUCUUCGUGGAGUUCCCGAGGAUGAGGACAUAGAUGAUGCUAAUCAAGACUGAAGAAUUCCUACAGCUUUGAAUUGUUAUGUAAACGAGUAACUGCAAAUUUAUUAGGGCGUAGAAAUUGAUUGACCGAAAUGGAUGGUAUACAUUCUCUUAUGUUUUGAUGAAGGUAAAAACUUGUUUGAGCUCCACUUUUGUUACAACA